UGGGCACCUAGAAAGAUUAUUUAGCAAUCAUAAUUUAUAAGUCUACAAUAGAAAAUAAGAAUAUCAAAUGAAAACGGAGAACCAGGCUAUUGAAUCCAUUUGAGGGAAGGGAAGAGAAACAGAGACUGCUUGACUGGAUCACAGAUGAGUAGAAUGAACCGAUUUCAUCCCAGAGAAUCUCCCUCCCAAAAUUCUGCAACUUCCUCUUCCUCUUCUUCUUCUUCUAGAUCUUAUUCCAACUUCAGAAAUCGCAACAAUGGCGCAAGAACGUCCAGCUCAACGUCAAGGGAACCUACCAACGGUAAAGUCAAACCGCAAAAAUUUCCAUUAAUGGAUGAUGAUAAUGGAGAAACAAAUUAUAGCAAUGCUCAAUCGAUUAUUGGGAAUUGCCCAUUUAUGUGCCCAGAAAAGGAGAGAAGCCAACGAGAGCGGCUUCGAGAUCUAGCUGUGUUGGAGAGGUUGGAUGGAUAUCCUGGGAAGUCUUCUUCAAGUCUUGCUGUGAAGAAGUUUUGCAGAACUAUAUCAUUGAAAGAGGUUCAAACAUCAGAUUUAAGACCCCUAUCGGUUUUGAAGGACACACUUGAUUACCUCAUGAAGUUGUUGGAUUCUUCAGAUCAUUCUUUUCUCGUACUACAUGAUUUCAUUUUCGAUAGGACAAGGUCCAUAAGGCAAGAUCUUAGCAUACAGAAUAUUAACAAUGAGGAAGCGAUCAGUAUGUAUGAGAAAAUGGUCAGGUUCCAUGUGAAAUCCCACCACAGGCUCAGAAGAUGUGAGGGUGACAACACCAUUUUAUCUUCUAUUCAUCAUCUAAAUAUGGAGCAACUCACAAAGUGUCUUGCGUCCCUUUAUAAUUUGUAUGACAUCAACCGUACGUUUGAUUCUCUUUUUGAUAACGAGGCUGAAUUUCGAUCCCUAUAUGUUCUAGUUCAUCUUGAUUCUCAUAGCCAUUCAACGAGUGAGUCUUUAUCUUUGUGGUUCUCUCGGUUGUCUUCAUUAAUUAUUAGCUCAAAGGAGAUGUGCUUUGCUCGAAAAGUGUUGAGGUUUUUUCGGGUUGGAAAUUUUUGGCGUUUCUUUCACACAGUAGCAUCAGAGGCAACUAACCUACAAUUAUGUGCCCUUGAAGCCUACAUUUUUGAGGUUCGAGCACAAGCUAUAGCUUGUAUAAAUUCCAGUGCCUACAAGCUUCAUCCUUAUCCACUAACAUUGCUUUCAAAGAUCUUGAUGAUAAAGGAGUCUGAUUUAGAAACCUUUUGCAAUGCAUGUGGUCUGCAAACCUCCCAAGAUGAUAUGGGAAAUAAAGUCUUACCCACCAAGCAAAGUGGGUUUUCACAACCCAAGGGAGGAUUUCAAUGCAAUACUUUUCCAUGGUGGGAUUUGUUGAAGGAUGAUAUGGCUUAACUUGGAAAACAAAUGAUGUUAUGAGUUGUAACUUUGUUGGUUGAUCAUUUGAAUGAUGGCAAGAGACCCGAUCACCUAUUUGUUGUUGUGCUAGUAUUUUUCUCCUUAUUAGGAACCAACAAAAUGUGUAUAGCUUCACCAAUGAUCCUAGGAGGUACCAUUGGUACCCCGAUGCAUUUACCUCGGAGCAUGGUACGUUGUCCCUAUAGGACGACCUCUGCAUAGUUUCUGCGUUGUGCGUAUGAGGGGAGUGUGUACCAUGCUAGCAUUUUCUUUUCUUUUCAUUUUUUGUAUAGUAUUAGGCAUUGGGAAUAUCUUCUAUUUGGGACAUUAUUUGUCUCUCUAACUAUGUCAAAUGAAUUGUGGUAGUGUUGUGGACAUGUGGUUGAUGAAGUCUCAAACAAUCCUCCAUCAACAAUGGCUACACUAUAGAUGAUGCGUUUUCGAUA